UGGAGCCGCGUCAAAAUGGCGGCACGUCUCCUUCCGCCUCUAACGUAUGCACGCAUUACACCGGUAGCGGAAGCGCCUGAGGACUUCCGGCGGAAGUGCCCGUUGUCCGUGGAGACGCAGAGCUGUGGUGGGAUGUGGUGGCUGCUGCUGCUGGCCGGGCUGUGUCGGGCCCUACCGGAGGGGGCGGUGACGGAGCCUGGUGCGGACGGUGAAGCGGUGCGGUACCGGACGGCGGAGAUGGCCGACGCGAUGCUGGGCAGCGGAACGGCCGGACAGCACAACGUGGUGCUAUCGGCGGUACCGGGAGAGCUGAGUGAAGGGCGGGAGGCCGAGGCGUGCGAGGCGGCGGCCGGAGGAGGGGACUGCGGCGAUGGGAGCGGGCCCGAGGCUCCUCCCGUGGUGCUGGAGACCGUGCUGCCAGCGGGAGAGGAGCCCAACAGCACCGCCGAGAGCGGGAAGAGCCCCAAGGUGAGCUGCGAGGAGAGGAACGGCACCGCUACCGGCAACUAUACAUUGCAGAUCCUCAACGUGUCCCAGGAUCUGAUGGAGUUCUUAAACCCAAACAGCAGUGACUGUACGUUGGUCCUGUUCUAUACUCCGUGGUGCCGCUUUUCUGUAAGCCUGGCUCCUCAUUUCAAUUCUUUACCUCGAGCGUUUCCCACUCUUCGCUUCCUGGCACUGGAUGCAUCGCAGCAUAGCAGCUUAUCAACUCGGUUUGGAACCGUAGCUGUACCCAAUAUCCUCCUUUUCCAAGGUGCUAAACCUAUGGCUAGAUUUAAUCAUACAGACAGAACGCUGGAAACACUGAAAGACUUCAUUUUUAAUCAAACAGGUAUAGAAGCUAAAAAUGAUGUGACUGUGACAGAGGAAGACUGGAAGGGGCCUCUGCCCAGUGUCCUGACAAAAGGAGUGGACUGGCUGCUGGUGUUUUCCGUGCUCUUCGUGGCCAGCUUUAUCAUGUACGCCACCAUUCGGACUGAGAGCAUCCGGUGGCUGAUCCCAGGGCAGGAGCAUGAACACCAGGAGUGACUGGAGGUGCUGAAACAGGGACACCAUUUCCUGUGUGUAACGCAGAUUUUGUGUGGAUUUGAAGUACCCGAGGGUGAACUGUUGUAUUUGUUUGUUGUAAUUUAUAAUGUUGAUGGAAAAUCAGCUUGAUUUACCAACUAUAUCAAGUGAACCGAGGUAAAUAGAGUGGUGAGUAAACUAACAUGGAGAAACAUGAACUAAAUAAGUAUUUAUUAAAGUGCUCUGACCUGUU